AUGAUGACUGAUGAAGACACUGAUGACAUAUAAUUAUUAACGUAGGAUGGGAAGCGAUAAAGGAUCUUUGUUGUAGGUUAACCAGAAAGAGUAAUCGAUUUUAUAGAGAAAAUUAAGAGUCAUAAUUAGUAUUAUAUUGAGGAUUAUAAUAUAGAUGAAGAGGAUAAUGAACUUGCCUAAAUAAACUUUAAACCCAUAUUAAAUUAGCAUUAACAGUAGCAAUAACAGUAACUCAUUAAAAUAAGAAGAAGUAGAGCUACUUACAAGUAAUGA